GUGACAUGGCUAAGAAUUUAGAUUCUGCAUCACAUUCUUAUGGAUAUAGAUACAUACCGAGCAAAAUAUUAGAUAUUGUGAAUUUGUAGUAUUUUCGAGUGUACGGUAACCUUUACUUUAUUAAGAGUGGAUUGAGCUAACGCUUAGAGAAUAUUUUAACUGACAUAUUAAAAACCGUAGAAUAGCCAUAGGAAUUUUAGCACCGCCCUUCCCUAUAAACCCUCUUUUGUUUAAAACCCCUCUCCUCACUUGAACCACAAGCAAUUCAUCUGGCAAUGGCGUUGGCCUCCAGACGCUGCCUGACGACGCUGACACGCCACGGCGCAUCCCUCCUCUCUCAUCAUCAGCGUCUCAAACCCCCGACUGCCUCUCGGUCGCUAUGCGACUCGUCCCUGAUCGAAAGGGACUCGGCCAUUCCCACUCAAUAUCGCCCUCGCUUUGAUCUCACUAUGGAAAUGGAAAAGGUUCUAAUGGGCUACAAAUUUAACGAACCUUUCGCGGUGGAGCUGGAGUCCUGGUGGCAGGUGAGGGUGGAAGUGAAGGAGGAGAAGGAGAAGGAGAAGGAGACGAAGAAGGAACGCCGUCAUGUAUUUUGUCAAGGUUGCCUUACUUUCACUUGAUAAGUAUCAUCUCACCAUCCGUCGGAAGAACCACCAGUUUCUGAGAAGAGCAUAUGUUGAGGCAGUCAUUGUGGAUCAAAUGCGGAUGCAGCCAUUUGGUAAGGGUUUUACAAAGCUGAGGGUUCUUGAUUUUGGCCUGGUUGACAAACGGAAGCUUAAUCUUGUUUAGGGAAGCGGAAAAGGAAUCAAAACCUACAGAGGGAAUGUUGCAGUUUUUGCUUGGGAGUGCUACACUACGGUUACCUUCAUAUAUUCCAAGUUCCGGAUGUUUUAUACUAAUAGCAUCUUUAAUGUAUAUUUUCUCAGUUAGAGAGCUUUUUGUUGGUUUCCUUCCAUAAUGGAUUUAAGUGAUAAUUAAGAAAUUAGCACAUCAUAUAACUUUCACAUAUUACAGGUUUGCUAGCCCAACUCUUUCUGCUAUAUUAGUCUUUACCUCCUUUUGGUUA